UGCCCCCACCACCCGCCUUCCACAACAAUCUUAUUCCUUUAUUUUAUUUUAUUUUAUCUUAGUUUUCCCUAAUAAAUCCCUACUUAUCUUUCAGAAUUAACCUCAGAUGUUACUACCCUAAGGAAGCCUUCCCUGCUACAGGCUUCUAUACUCUCCUAACCCGCUUUGUCUCAAGAGCCCAGGAAGCUCUGUGAUUCGUCUGUAGCUGUCACUUCUGCUGAAGGGAGCAAUUCACAAGGAACCUUGCCCAUGUGAUUGUCUAUGUUGUCUAUGGUGCCAAGUACUGUCUUCUACACACAAAUUCUUAGUAAACAGUCUUUGUCUAAUUGUGCCAAAGGAAUGCCCAAGUCAGACGUUGGGCGCUGGUCUCUCACCUUUUAAAUUACGUCAGAUACAGAACAUAGCAGUAUUUCUUAAUUACUCAAGAAAAUCUUCCUCAAUUCUAUUUCAGCUAUUGAUUGUUUAUCUGUAAGAGCUAUUCACUACUCUUACUUACUGGCAAGGGUGUGGUUCUGAGAUAAGGAACUGAAAAAACAAUCUUUGUCUUGAGAAAAGUCACAUCCUUUGAGCAUUUGCGUUUGGAAAGUUAGUGGGAACUAUUCUAGGACAUAUCCAAUUAGGAAGCAAUAAGAGGUAGGCGGUCACAACUGGUUUGCCAGGUUCUCUAACUUUCUGCUGAGUUUUGUGGAGAAUGUCUAAAAUGAAAAACCCUCGGACUUUUGAGGAACAAACAGAAUGCAUCGUGAAUACCCUACUCACAGACUUCUUGACCCCAACACUCUGCACUGAUAACAGGAACCUAUCGGAUGCAGAAGAACUAUGUUCAGGAGAGGAUUGCUCUUUUGAUGUGGCUAUCAUUGCUGGCCGCCUUCGAAUGCUGGGUGACCAGUUCAAUGGAGAGCUGGAAGCUUCUGCCAAUAAUAUCAUUGCGGAAACCAUUCGAGGACAGGCAGGAACUAUACUCAAGGACACAGUACAUUCUCUCAGCAGAACCUGGUGUACUCAGAAUCCUACCUUAGCUUUUGAACGAGCCUUUUUGGCAGUAUCAGUAAAACUUCUUGAGUAUGUGGUCCGUAAGGCUCCUGAAAUGGCAACACAGGUGGCUACCUGCAUGACAGGCAUGAUCAACGGGAACACAGCCAUCCGCGAGUUUAUCCAGGACCAGGGAGGAUGGGAAAACGUGGAGAGCUGAAGAAGAGGGCUUACCUCAGACUCAACAUCACUUCCUCUGACAGAUUGGGUGGGUGACUGAUUUCUGACAAUUAAAACAUGCUUUUUUUCAAUUCA